AUGCAAGCAAGCAUUCCACAAGUUCCAGAGUCAUUGCUCCAAAAGUCUGUUGAUGCUGAACUGUACGAUCUGGCCGCGUCUUCUGGACUUAUAAUACGUCAGGAUGUCUUUAAGAUUAUCUUGGAGCUAGUCAGGCUCAAUGUACCUCCUACCGCAAUUGUCGACGCUCUAAGAGAUAUGGCUCAUGCCAAGAAACAAUAG